AUGUCUACUUCCAAGACUCACCGGAGAGGACACGAAGAAAAGAACCUGAAGGGGAAGCUGGCCCAGAGAUCGUCGUCGUUCCACUCCAGUAUUCCGAUGACUAUGGCCCCGCAGGCUGAGCUUCGCCGUCCAAAGACCUUGCCGGACCUACUCUCAGGUAGGAGUGUCUUUGGACUGUCGGUGGAGGGAGGGCCACAGUUGACCAAGUUGCUGCUCAAUCUCACCGUUCAAAGGAGUUUAGGGCCAGUCCAGGUUGUGAUGUCGCCAGAUUCAACAGUCGGAGAUCUGAUCAUGGCGGCACUGCGGCAGUAUGCAAAGGAGGGGCGACUGUUUCAAUUAUGA